AUGACCGCCCGCCUAAUUUCGCGUCCCGACGCAGUCUCAGCGGCGUCCCAAGAAGUCGAAGGUUCAGAUCUCGAUAACCAUAACUUGGCUGAAGGACGAUGCAAUCUUUGCGGGAAAUGCACCAAGGUGGUAGGCGAUCUGAAACCAUCGACCCCAAACGAGCGGCUGGACUUUGGGGUUGACGGCGAGGGAUACAGCGUCAAUUGGGACGUUGCCAAGGUGAAGGACUCUGCCAAGAGAUGCGACUUGUGUCGCCUUCUCGUUGAGAUGUUCCACCUCGACCAACCCAAAAACGCUGUCUCUUCCGGCACAAUAGACGGUAGCUUGAUUCCCCUGGGCGAGCACUACACUCUGGCCACGGAUCCCCCCUCAGGUCCAGACACACUCGACGCGGCUUCAGCCUCUCGGUUGCUCAGCCAGAUGCUCCAGCCCAUACGCCGGAUCUGGUCCCCUAAGCCGAGCGCGCCGACUUCCCAGCGAUCACUCUGGCGACCUGACGUCAGAGACAAGGGGAAUUGGAGUUUGGUCUCGGCUGAGAUAAACGGGAAGUUCAAGGAAGGCUAUCCCAAGACGUACAGUAGCUGGACUCUGGGCCGACAGCUUGUCAUGUCCUAUAACGGAAGGUGGCCGCAGGAAGUCUUGUGGGAGUCGGAAAAUGGACCGGCUUCUUCGAAAGCUGAGGACGGAAAAGAGGAACCGAGCGGAAUACAGAAAGGUGGAGUGCAAGAAGCAGGAGCAACGGUGGGGGAAACAGAGGAAGUUGCAGCCAGAGCGAGAAAGGAGAAAGAUCUUUUUGAAGUCGCCAUCCACCAACCAGAAAUAUUCAACUCGAUUCAGAUGGCCCGAUUCAACUCCUCCCGAUCGGACCCAGAGAGUGCCUUUUUCGUCAGGCAAAUCUCAUCUCGACGACAAAAUAUCCCGCUGAUACGGUCAUGGCUCGAUCGCUGCCUCAGAGGGCACAAAGGGGGCUGUCGAUUAUCCUUAGGAGGGCCCAACAUCCGCAGCCUCUCCAUCCGCGUCAUCGAUGUGGAAGCAAGAUGCGUCGUCAAGGCACCCCGCCGUUGCCGCUACCUCGCCCUGAGCUACGUCUGGGGCAACGCCAAGCAGGUCCUGCUCAAGACGACGAACGAGAAAGCCUUCUCCCGUCCAGGCGGCCUGCCCGACGGAAUCCCCGCGACGAUCGAAGAUGCGAUGGCCCUCUGCCGGAUGUUGGGGGAGAGGUAUUUAUGGGUGGACGCGCUGUGCAUCUACCAGGAUCCCCCCCCUGAGAAUCCAGGCACGGGUGUUGAGUUCAGGGCUACUGUGGCGGCGCAAUCGUUUCAGCAGCUGCAGAUUAGAAACAUGGACGCUAUCUUCUCCAGCGCCAUCUUGACCAUCGUCAACGCCGCUGCAAGUUCCGCAGACGAUCCCAUAUCCGGCGUCCGAUCUGAUGCACCAUGUAGAGUCCCGCUCCCAUCCGUCGAGAUUGGGAAGAACCUGCAAGUCGCUGUAACGAUCGCGGAUGCCUGGGGACCCGUCUCAUCUCACUCUAAAUGGGAUACUAGAGGCUGGACAUUCCAGGAGAAGAUCCUGUCGAAGCGCCUGCUAGUGGUCACAGAGUACUUUAGCUUCUUCCGCUGCCCAUCCAUGCUUUGGAGGGAGGACCGCUUUGAGGCGGAUCUCUUCAAAGAGACAGCUAGAGAAAAGGCACAGAUCUGGGAGUCGGGAGACGUGCGAGGCUUGCACUACCCCACCCCAAGAAGCAAAAGCCAAGAGCCGGCGCAAAAGACGCUGGACGUAUACCAGAAGCUCGUGCAGAUCUACACCACCAGAAACUUCACCCACGACAAGGAUGUACUCCUGGCGUUCCAAGGCAUCGAGAAGGCAAUGGAACCGUCGGUGGGCGAGUUCUUCUGGGGCUUGCCGAAGAGGGGCUUCAACGCCGCGCUCACGUGGGCCUUUACUGGUCAGUCCAGGCGUCGUGAAGACUUCCCAAGCUGGUCGUGGGCAGGGUGGAAGGGCCCCAACGGGCUCGAGUUCAUGUCGGACAUCAGCAAGCGCGUGGAUGUGCGGGGAGGCAGGAUCCCAUUCUACCAGCUGAUCGCGCGGCGACGAGUGCGCCGCACGAGAGGAGAGCCACCGCUUUCUCUGGCGGACGAAGACGUCGACGUUUGCAUCAUCAACAAAUCCUGGCUCGGUGACGAGGAAGACCACAUCGCAGGUGCUUUUCGGACAACCGAAAUCAUUAUGGUCCUCCGACUCGGGGUCCGUCUCGGCGAGUCAGUCGUCCACCCUGGCAAGCCGUCGCUGAGAAGCUAG